GUGGAAUUAAGUGUGGCUUGCUUCCUUUUUCUUUUCAGGUGAUAGAACAUUGGAUCCUCUGUAAUGGAGUCUGUAGAUACUGAGUCAAAGCACAGUUACAUAGGAAGCUUUAUUCAGCCUCCACAUAAGAUACCCGUUCCAUUUGCUGACUUGUGGCCGAAGACGACAGCAGCUUUUGCAGCAGACACUCCUGCACCAAACAGCCAAGCUCUAGUGUCAGCUCUGAAAAGUCUUCAAGAAAAGAUCCAUCGCCUUGAGCUGGAGAGGUCACACGCUGAACAUGACCUGAACUGCCUGUCCAGAGAAGCUGCCCAGUAUAAAAAAACUUUGCAGUGUGAAUCAAAUGAGAAGGAUACGGCUCAUCAGGAACUGAUGCAAGAGAGGAAAGAUGUGAGCGUUCAGUUAAGCGCAGCUCAGUCUUGCUGCUCCUUGUUGGAGAAACAACUAGAUUACAUGAGGAAAAUGGUGGUCAGUGCAGAGCUGGAAAAGAAAUUGGUUCUGGAACAGCAGAUCCAGCUCCAGAAGGAAAAAGAUCAGAAUCAAGUAGAGAUAUGUGCGAAACUUGACAAGCUUGAAAUUCUGGAACAGGAGUGUUGGCGACUUACUGGCACUCAGAAAGCUGCAGAAGGAAAGAUCAAACACCUGGAGGCAAAGCUUCAGGAAGAACAACACCAUCGCAAGCUAAUACAAGACAAGGCAGCCCAGCUCCAAACAGGACUGGAGAUGAAUAGAAUUUUGAUGUCUUCUCUUUCACCUCAAAACGAAGCAAAAAAGAAAAGUGGGAAGAAGAAAGCAGUAAAGAAAAAUCACAGUUUGAGGAAAGAAUGCAGCUCUCAACCAUACCUACCAGCUGGAGGGCUGCCUUUUGUUGCUGGGAAGUCUGCCAGCUCAAGUCAUUCUGUUGUUGCAAAUGUUCAAAGUAUCUUGCAUUUGGUGAAAAGUCGUGGUGCAGAUGUAAUUCCACAAGGUUCAGAAGGAGCUGAAAAGAGGACAUCUAGAUGGACCGGUGUGUGCAGAUCUGGAUCUUCUUAUUCUACAUCUUCUUCUGCUACUGACAAUCUUUCUGACCUUCUCUUGGUCAUGCAGGAUGAACUGGGACAAAUGAGCUUUGAACAUCAGGAACUGCUGAAGCAGAUACAAGAAACUAAAAGCCAAGAAGUUCGGGAAGACCUAGAACGUGAACUAGAGUGUCUGGUGAAGCAGAUGGAAAUUAAAGCAGAGCAGAUCACCAAGCUGAAAAGGCAUCAGGACAGUGUUUAUAAACUGAAGCAAAAGGCCCGAAAGCUGAAAAGGAAAGCUGCUAAUUUUACCUCAAAGCCCGAUGACUUUAAAGGAACUAAAGAGGCCGCAGUCCCUCCAAGAGGCAUUGUGCAUGGCACUUGCUCUGUGAAUAAGACUACAAAUUCUCUUCAGCUGUUAAAAAAAGCUCAGAAAAUUCAGUCAGUAUUGAAGCAAGACGACAUCUUAUGGGAACCAUAGCUCUCAAAACUAGUUUCAUAGAUCACUAUCCAUCAGGAGCUGGACUGAAUAGAACUUUGGUAC